GGAAACCGAUUAAUGCCUGUGAUGGUGGAUGAGGUAGCGGCGGAGACACCAGACCGUGUUUGCUUUUCGAUUCCGCGUUCGACAGAUCUGAAAGCUGGCUUUCAUGAUAUCACAUUUCAGACUUUUGCCAAUGCUAUCAACAAGACUGCCAGUUUCAUCGAAAGGGAGAUUGGCAGAAGUUCUAUGUUCGAGACUGUCAUGUAUAUGGGCAUUCAAGACGUGAGGUAUUUCAUUGUUUUAUUCGCGUUAAUGAAGACAGGCCACAAAGUAUUAUUUAGCUCUCAUCGCAAUAGCGUAGCGGGCCACACCGACUUGGUUAAACAGACUGAUUGCGGGAUCAUCAUGUAUACGAAUGGCCUUUCAUGUGCAGGUAUUAUUGAGGCGUCAAGAAUGGAGACAUUGUGCAUGCCAGAGCUCGACUAUUUGUUCGACGACUCAGUACACACCGACCCGUAUCCGUAUACCAAGACCUUCGAGCAAGCGAAACAUCACCCGUGCAUGGUCACUCAUACUACCAACUCAACAGGAAUGCCGAAACCAGUGAUUUGGACACACUGGUUGCUGGCAACGACAGAUGCGCAACGCCUUGUUCCAGACUUCGAUGGACGACCAACAGUGUGGAAUAAGGUGUUUGACAGCUCUGAGAGGUGCUAUUCUGGAGUACCAAUAUGUGACAGCGCUGGAAUCGUUACGGCUCUGGUGGAAGUACUACUCAAUGGCUGCACAGUGGUAUUGGGGCCGCCCAACAAUCCUACCGCAAACACAUUCGAACAGGUCGUUACGUAUGGACGCGUAGAUGCUGCAAGCCUGCUACCUAGGACUCUCGAGGAAAUCGCUAGCUCUCAGACUGGGUUAGCAUUACUCAGUCGGUUGAAGUAUGUUGCCUAUGCUGCAGGCUCUUUAUCUCCUCGUGCAGGUGAAAUUUUGUCGAGGUACACUCACCUCUACUCACUCAUGGUCAGCACAGAAACUGGCUCAAUAAUCCAACACGCAACCGAUCGGGAAGACUGGCAAUACAUGUGCAUAAACCCCAAAUACAAUGGCAUCGAAUGGCGCCCAAGAGGAAGCCUUUAUGAGCUGGUCUUCAAGAAAAGCAACGAUCUCGCAGACGUCCAAGGGAUCUUCAAGACAUCCUUGCGAUCCCAAGAAUGCUCGAUGGGGGAUCUGUACUCGAAACAUCCUACGAAACCACACCACUGGAAACACGAAGGCCGCACAGAUGAU